AUGCUUGUUUGUUUGGGCGUUUAGCAUGCUUAGCACCGCAAAACAUUUUGCUUCAAUACGUAAUAUCCCCAGAGGUCCUUGAAUGUGGUAGAUAAGACACGAGACUUAUCUAUGUCAAAGACCAGAAGCAUAAAGUUUCAUACAUUACUAUUUUUUACGAUUUUUACGACGUUGAAAAGGGAAAUAGAUGAAUGUAAGAGACGAAAGGAUCGAUUCUGAGUCAGAGAAAUUUUCGAUAUCAGAAAGGAUUUUAGUGUUUCAACACUCACGCAGAAAUUGCAGCUAAGCGACCCUAAACAUUGUCUUGUUAUUGCCCCCAUUUUCUUCAACGUGAUUCGUUGUUCCUUAGUCGAUUGUUGAUGGGGUAUUUGGAUCGCCAAGGAUCGUUUACGAUCGCUGGGGAUCACUAGAAACUCGACACGCGGUUUUUAUAUGAUCGUUUGUGGUCGUUGAAAAACUGCAGAUAUCCUCAGCGAUCAUAUGGAAACCAAGCUACAGAGUCCUUUGAUCACGUAUUACGUCAUAAGCAAAUUUCAUGUGAUUCGAAAUUAAUCUGGUUGAAUCUCGUACGACUCACAAUGGGUAUUAAGAAAACUUUUAACAAAACUGAAACCAAUGUUGGAGAUAUCGACUCAACUGCAAAUUCAAAGGCUGUUCUAUGAUAGGUUGUAUAAAGAACAACAAAUUUAGCGUAAUUGUCAACCAUAAAAAAUUUAAAACUCAGUAUAGGGAAGAUAAAUGGCAAUAGACGAACUAAAUUAUGUAGGCGUGAAGUAGACGAUCGCUUGCUGCAAAGCGGAACAAGAAAGUUUCUUAGAAAAAACCCCUAGAGGUGGCAAUCUUGAUUAAGGUGGAGCUGCAUCUUUGAUGACGGCAAAUGCGGUUGCAUAUUAUAUGAUGUAGAGACUAAAGAUUUGCGAGACGGUGUUUUUUGAGGAACUAUACUCAUAAACCUAUUGAGGGCAUGAGCUUCUAUUUUCAAUCUUGUAAACAAGUUUGAUUUCACUGUUAACAGCAGUCAAAAGGACUCAUUGUAUAAAGAGAGAGUCAAGUAAUCAAUAUGCUGAAAGCAGAAAUGAAAAACAUUCAGUCACUGGGGAAACAAACUGAUCAACUUAAAAAUUUUUGCAUUGAUUACAAUGGAGAGACUAAUCACUUUGAGAAAGAAUGUGAAAAAUUUAUGAGACGCUUUGUGGCUGAUGUGUUUUCAGAAAGCGUUACAAUAACUCAAGAAGCAAAAUCAAAAUUUGGCUUGCUAUGUCAGCACAAUGAAGGCAGAUGUUGGUUUGCAAGGCUCAUGGAUGCCCAGCGUGUGGAGAUUAAGGAAGUAGAAGAAGUGAUAUUAUUCCGCUUAGUGCAGUACUAUGCAAUUGUCUUAUUUGAAUGUUACAUUGCAGAUGAUUUUGCACCAGCAGCAAGUUUGCUGAAUAUGUCUUUCACAUAUUAUCAUGUGUCUUCAUUUUCAGAACUUCCUCAUGAUUCACCCAAGAAAUCUGAUACUCCGUCGAAGUUAUAUGUCUUUGAAUACUUAAAGGAUCAAGCUAUUUGGAAAACCAUGCGAUUCUGGACAUCAGCAUUUUUAUUCGCAGUCGAUAGUGAGAGGCAAAAGAGACCUAAAUUUGGGUCUUGGCGGUCUUUGAAUGAAGAACAGCAACGAGAACUGAAUCAAAACGAAGAAUAUUCGGCCUUUGCUCAUCUCGGGACAUUCCUUUAUAUCAUGAAGUCGUUGAAUGUAGCCAAAGAGAUGAAAGAGGUUUUUAUAUCAAAGAUAAGCACCAUCGAGAACUUAAGUCAAGAGCAACUGCACGAGCUGAUUGAGCGCGUUGAAAAAGCCGAAUAACGAAGAAAAUGCCUUCAAUGCCAAAUCAGAUAAGAUUGUCCAUUUUAUAGUCUAAAUCGUAUUUUUGUAAUUAUUGAUGCCAUAUGCAAGACUGAAGGUUGGCCCUCGCUAUAUGGUUCCAUAAUGGUGAUAGAUAUUCAGGUAAUCAAUUUGUAAAAUGAACUUUUCUUUUCGCAAAAUGUAUUAAAUUCAGCGAAACAUUCGUGCAUUGUAAGUAUAAUAUUAGCUCCUCAACGUAUUGAAUUGCAAUGAAACUCAAUAGCUCUUGCUAUUUUGAAUAGUAUUUCAAAUGUUAGAAAAUAUUUAUGAAUUUUUUAAGGGUUCAUUAUUGCCUUGUGAUGGCAGUAUUGCAGGUAAGUGUGUGAGACUGUAUAAGGCAAUGCAAAAGGGUUUAUUAUGUAAUGCUUUUGAAGAGGGAUUUUGUGUAGUGUAAUGAUGAAAUCUACUGGUACAUAUCGUUAAAAAAUUAUUUGUAUAUCUUUAUUAAUAUUGUUGUAUUUCCUUCAUAUACUUGAUAUGUUGAAAAAUACGUAAAUAUUUUAAUUUAAUCACGUUUUGAUGUAAGGUAAAAUGUAAAUUUAGAGCUAAUGAAAUUUAGCAAUAACUUCAUUUUUUCUGAUGUAGCAUCCCGAAUCCGUAACGAAUAUUCCUGUACUAGUUUCCAUAAAAAUGAAUGCAUCCUUAAGAGUCAGGGAUUAAUAUUUUUUCCAAUAUUUCCUGACAUUUUAUUAAGCAGCCGAAAUUUUCGACCUAGAGCUAGUUUUACCACCAUCUGAAAGUUCAAACGAGCCAAUAUUUUUUGCAAAAUAAAUGUUUGAUGAAUGCUGGGUGACGUGCUGAGUCGAUCAAAAAGGGCAUAAGCCGAGGAAUUGAGACAAAAUUGCGAAGAUCGCUCGCUAGCAAAGUAUCUCGGCCUGUCGUGUAUUCUCUUUUGUUCUGUCGCAUAUACUGAUUAUGUGUUCCCGCAAAAUCAUAGGAUAUGUUUUGUUGUUGUUCUUAAAACUUGCACUGUACUGCUAGAGCCAUUAGUUAAAGCCUUAUUCUGGCGUACUUACAACUUCUAGUCUCAGAACGUCUUUCGAUAGCCUCUGAAUCAGCAAGCUCUGUAUUGCUAUUAAAAAACAGCUGCCAAUAUUAGAGACAGUGUUUUGUCAGUAAUUUCUUCAUAGGUUCGACUGAUGCGUCAUUUUUGUGUGGAGUAAUCCUAAUUAUUUUACACAUGAUAGGAUACAGAUCGAUUGUCUCCAUCUUUUCAAUAGCUUUCCUUUUUCUAAAGCAAGGACCAAACGCGAAAAAACCCGGAUUCAUAUCCCUAUGAAAAACAUCAUAGCCAUGUUCUCCUUUGUAAAACUCAUUUCCUUCAAAAUAAACUCCCGUCUCAAAGCCUGUGUCUAUAAUCCAACCAGGAUCAGCAAGAAGGAGCAAAGGGGCAGUGAGCUCGCUGUUUUUGAUAUGCAUGUAAGUAGGCAAUUCCCAUUUACGGUAUACCGUCAUGUUCGGGUGGGCGUGCACAAGCUGAUUGUAAACAGUCUGCAACUGACCAGGCUUCGGAUAAAUUGAUACAAAUGUUUUUCCUAAUGCCGUUUUAAUAUACUGCUUAAUAUCAAAAUAAUCUUUUAAUCG